CGCGCCGCACAAGCCCAUUCGAAAGCCCAGCCCGCCCUGCCACCACCGGUUUGGGGGCAGUAACUAAUCACUUGAAGGGCUUCAAUAAUCCCGCAAGCCAACAAGCUGUAGAGCCCAGGCACACACACUCACUAGGAAAUAUAUAUAUAUAAUUAUUAUAAUUAUUAUGAUUAUAUAAUUUUUAAACAACAACAACAACAAUAACAACAAGCAAAACACCAAGCUUAGAAAUUAAGCAAGCAGAGUCCCCAGGGAAAGCUGGAAGAAGUUUGCAAUUGAAUUGCAAAAAGACUGGUGGUGUUUGCAAAGGUGGGGAGUGGAGUGGAGAGCUGCUGUUGCUGUUACUGCUGGUUAAUUGCACAUUCAAGUGGAAAAUUUUCCGGAGUCAGCAGAAACAUUGCAUCCAAAAAAGUCGCAGUUCCAACAAAACGAGGAUAUUGUCCCUGGAAAACUUCCUUUCGAUUCAUUCUCUUAAAGUGUCCAGGCCCAGGCUUGGAGAAACCAGCCGUCACCAUUGAGCCCAGCAGCUGGAGCGGCAGUGAGAGUCCUGCCGAGGACAUUGAAAGAAUGAGCGAUUCUGCGGAUAAACCUAUUGACAAUGACGCAGAAGGUGUCUGGAGCCCAGAUAUUGAGCAGAGUUUCCAGGAGGCAUUAGCUAUAUAUCCCCCUUGUGGGAGGAGGAAAAUCAUACUGUCCGAUGAAGGCAAAAUGUAUGGUAGGAAUGAACUGAUAGCCAGAUACAUCAAACUUAGAACGGGAAAGACACGGACCAGGAAACAGGUGUCUAGUCACAUACAGGUCUUAGCAAGGAAGAAAGUUCGAGAAAUUCAAGCCGCCAUUAAGGUAACAAGCAUGGAUCAGACUGCAAAGGACAAAGCACUCCAGCACAUGGCAGCCAUGUCAUCAGCUCAGAUAGUGUCUGCAACAGCAAUUCACAAUAAGUUGGGCCUGCCAGGAAUUCCCCGUCCUACAUUUCCUGGAGCACCUGGAUUUUGGCCAGGGAUGAUACAGACAGGACAGCCUGGAUCUUCACAAGACAUCAAACCAUUUGUUCAGCAGGCCUACCCUAUACAGCCAACAGUCGCAACCCCCAUUUCAGGGUUUGAACCUGCAUCAGCUCCAGCACCCUCAGUUCCUGCUUGGCAAGGUCGCUCUAUUGGAACAACUAAACUAAGGCUGGUGGAAUUUUCAGCUUUUCUUGAACAACAAAGAGACCCAGAUUCAUAUAACAAACACCUCUUCGUGCACAUUGGACAUGCCAAUCAUUCUUACAGUGAUCCAUUAUUGGAAUCAGUGGACAUUCGUCAGAUUUAUGACAAAUUCCCUGAAAAGAAGGGUGGCUUGAAGGAGUUGUUUGGAAAAGGACCUCAGAAUGCCUUCUUCCUAGUAAAAUUUUGGGCGGACUUAAAUUGCAACAUCCAAGAUGAUACAGGAGCAUUCUAUGGUGUGACUAGUCAGUAUGAGAGCUCAGAAAACAUGACAAUCACCUGUUCCACCAAAGUUUGCUCAUUUGGAAAGCAAGUGGUAGAAAAAGUAGAGACUGAAUAUGCACGGUUUGAGAAUGGCCGGUUUGUGUUUAGAAUAAACCGCUCUCCAAUGUGUGAAUAUAUGAUCAAUUUCAUCCACAAGCUCAAGCAUUUACCAGAGAAAUAUAUGAUGAACAGCGUGUUGGAAAACUUUACAAUUUUGUUGGUUGUAACGAACAGGGACACACAAGAAACCCUCCUUUGUAUGGCGUGUGUAUUUGAAGUCUCAAACAGUGAACACGGUGCCCAACAUCACAUCUACAGGCUUGUAAAGGACUGAGCGGUUAUUUAUAGACAUGUUUCCUUAUUGUAACUCCUAUGAAAACACAGACUGUCAACCUCAACACUAAGCGGCGGUUCCUCUGGCUGAGCUUUCCCCAACAUUUUUCUAAACCUCAUUUUAGUGUAUCGAUAUAUAUUGUAGCUGUGAAAUUCUGGUACAGUUGUACAAAUUCUUUCUAAAACAAAGUGUUCUUCAAAUUUAUAAAACCACCAUUCUUUGGGGAGACUAUAUUUAAGAAUUUCAAAGCCUUUGUGGAAGUUUUAAUUUUUCUGUUGUUGUAUUAAAAAAUAAAUAUAAGACAGAGCAUUUGCCAUGGGAAAACUUAACAGCAAUUAUAAGAGUUUAUGAGGUGUUUUGUCUAAAUUAAUAAAAAAAGACAUGUUUUUAAGAUGCAAGUGAAAUUGAAAUGAAUUUUAACUAUAAGCAUAAAUUAGCACACGAUUUUUUUAGAAUUGUUUUCAUAACUGAUUACUGUGGAAGGUACAAACGAAUGUAAUUCACUAAAUUAUUUUAUAACUGCAAAUCAAUUUCUGUUUGAAGCCAAAUGACAAACAUAGCCUUAAGAAAUGCCUGAUGGGAACAGACAGGUUCUAAAAGUAGGCAAUUUUGUUUUCUUUCCCUUUAUCUUAAAACUAACAUUUUAAUCCACUGAACUUUUCAAGCAGGUAUUGCAGAGCGAGAAGACUUCCUCCCCUUUACUAAUAAUAUCUAGUGGAUAUAAAGUAUUGUACUAAUAAGGACAUUUGAUUAUUUAAUUAAAAAGAUGGCUCGUUUUGCAAUAACUAGAUAAAUACUGAAAAUUAGACCUAUGGUGUAUGUAAUCUUGUGUGUGUGGUUAUAUAUUAUAUGAGAAAUUUUGUUUUGUUUUUCCUAAUGACUCAAGAAAUUGCAACACCAAAAUUAGCAAUUAGCGAAUGUAAGUGGGGUGGGGGGGGAUUAAAGUGCUGUAAUCCAAUUUUAUUGUCAGCUUAAAACCACAAAAGAACUGUGGUUGAGAUGAUAACAGGUAAACAAAUAUAAAGUUCAUCUGUUUUAAUGUCUUUAGAAUGUUAGAAAAUCACAGCUAUCAGCAGGCAAAAAAGACACUGCUAUUUUCUUAUGGUAACACUACAUGAUUUAUGAUUUGCUACACCAAGCACAGCUUAAUGGCCGUGUACAGCAGCCUCCUCAGAAUCCCCCAGCAUGUCGCUCCCACACUGGUCAAACUUUUGAUGCGCCUAACAAUGAAUAAUUUCAUAUUCUCCUUCAGGUAGGGAUGGACACUUUUUGAGGUGGCAGGGUUGUUUCCUCAGGGGUUGUGUGUUGAGGAAAGCAUGUUGGUGCUGGGCUAAGCCCACCUCUUCUCUCUCUCGCUCUGUCACUUUCUUCCUCUCUGCCAUCCCAAUUUUCCCCCUUCCUUCUUUCCAUCAGGCUCCUCCUUUUCCAGAGGAGAAAUAGAUUGCUUUGCCAGAGGUCUGAACUGAUCUGUUUCAGAGGUUUCCUGCCCUUCCUUCCCCUACUCCAUUUAUUUUGGCUUCUGCCUAUUUGUCACCUUUCUUUUCUCCCUCUGUACUCACUGCAUAAAAUUGGGCCUAUGGCUACAUUAAAUUAGGCUGUGGGCUGCAGGUUCCCGCAGGCCUAGUUUAUAAGCAUACAAAUUAUAAGUAUGUCGGCUUCCAUCUCAGAAGCAGUUUCUCCUUCAUUCAGUAUAAAGACUGAAACUUGGCUUUAUCAAAUUUAUAUUAGUAUAAAUGUUAAGCCAUGCAUGGUACAUUCUCAUAAGGCAAAAGGUACAUGCCUUAAUUACACAUUCUGUUUCCAAGCAUGCCAUCACCUUUUGAACACCCUCCUUUCUCUAUCUGCUCUUUUUUCACUGUAGCUAUAACCAAGUUUACUGGCUUGAAAUAUUGGUGCAUUGCAACAUGAAACACAAAUAUCAAGGGUCAGAUGCACCUAGUUCCUCCACUCAUAAUUAAUCGAGAAGUUUGUAGGGUUAGAUCAUCUAGGAACGUAGCAAUGAUACUUUCAAGUUUCAGUAUUUUCUUUUCAGACCUGUUUCUUUGGUCUUUGGAACCUUGGGCUUGCCCCUCCGCUCUCCAGCCUGCUUCCUGAAAUAUGAAAAGCUGCAUAGUUUACAGAAUGGAAUCAUGAACUUGUAAAUAUCCAUGGGGAAAUUCCCUUUAUUUUUGCUGCACUAGGUCAAUAGCGAAUGCACUUAGAAAUAGAGCCCGUGCACAGUUGAGAAAAAAAUUCAGAGUGCUGCUUAGAAUAAUUGGUAUUUAUAACAAAAUAAGCAGGUUGUCGGCCAUAACACAGAAAAAUCAUGGAGGUCUUUCACAGUUGGAAAUAUUCAUCUUAGAAGUGGUGGUGGGGGGUGCUGGUGGGGCUGAAUACUCAGAGUAUAAAGUUUCUUACUUAAUAAAAAAUAGCUUAGAGAUUUAUGUUCUGUCCAACCUCUGGAAUGCAGCACCAAGUUGCAGGUUGCACUUGCAGUCUUCUGUUCAUGGCCACAUCCAACCUUCCUAACAGUGCCCCUCUGACAUCUGAAGAGGUGAGCUGCAAAGAACCAGUGUGGCAUCAGAAGGUGCCAAAUCGCUUCGUAGUCCCCAGGUUUGCACACACAGAGUAGCUCUGGAAUGGGUAGCGUACAGAAUCUUAGCGCCUUGUGCAAGUUGAGCUUCUUUGGAUGUACAGAUAUUAAGACAGAUGAACUCCUUGGGCUGCAAUCCUAUGCCUAUUUACCUGGGAGAAAGUCCUGUUGAACUCAGUGGGACUUACUUCUGAAUAGACAUGCCUGGGAUUAUGCUGUCAGUAAUUUUAACUCUGUGAACUGUAAAAUUGAGUAUGUGUGGCUGGGUCUCUUCAUCAGUCUUUAAUGCUAACAAUGAAUUUUAGAAAAGCACUGCAUCUUACCUAUCUAAAAUUGCUCCUUAUUUUGAAGCACUUGGUGUUACAAGUCUAAAACUACUCUUUUUAAUGUUAUCAUUUAUGAGGCUUUUGGUUUUGAUGGGUUUAUUUUAAAUGAAAGAAGUUUUUAAAUGUUAGAAUAAUUAUACAGUUUAAGGCAACUCCUUGUGGCGUAUAAAAUAGUCAGUUUGCAAACCAGGUACACUUCCUUUUUUCCUGUUAAUACAGUCUGCGACAUGAUGUAUGUAAUAACUAUGUGGUUUAAAGAGUCACAAUGUUUCUUGGCGUUCAUUUUUGUAAGACGUAUGGGGAUCUGUUUGCCUUGUCAUUAACUUUAUGUGGAUGUAAAUGAUCCCGUGCCCUUCCCUGUGCAUGUUUCCUCUGGAAAGCCUUAAGUCUGUCAGAUGUUUAGUGUGGAUUGUGUAGUCCAAAAGGCUGCCUGUAAACUGUGAGCUCUUUUGUAAGCUGGAAGCUUCUCUCUUGUUGCUGUUACUUUGUCGUAGGAACUUCUCAAUUCCGAGCUGCCAAAGCAUUACAAUAUGCAGUGCCUUAGUGCUACAUUAGAAGUACAUUUUAGCCUAUCAUGCCAAUAUUAUGUAGUCCAUUAAUUGGUUAACCUUAAGAAGAAAAAUCUCCUAGAGAGAAGCCUUUCGUCUACUUUGUCUAAGACACAUUCAUAUACAAGUCAGUCCCCAUUGCUACAUAGUUGGAAUAUCUAUACCAAAAUGAGAUGUUAACAGCUCUAGAAUUUUCUGCAGAAAGUGAAUUGUAUGACUAAUGCUGCCUUCUUAAAUUCUCAUGACCAAAUACUUAACUUUUGUGACUCUCUGCACUCUUGCAUGCAAGUGCCUUUGGUUUUGAAAUUCCAGCUUAGAAAAGUGCUGCCAUAAUAAUGACAAUUUAUAGAGACCAAAAAUAUUUAAAGAUCACCAUAAUGCCUUUGGUUUAUUGGAAACAGUCAAAACUAACAGGCCUCCAUUCUCAAAAGAGUAACUUUUUAUAGUAGCGUGCUUUUUGCAAAUCACAAGAGUGCAUAAUGCUGGAAAACUAUUCUCCGUGUUAUUCAGCUUGUUCGUCUUUGUUUCUGCAGCACUGCUGACUGGCAAUGAUAGGAAAGCAGUCGGUAAUUCACCUUUGCCAUGUUUUUCUCCACCCAAUCUUGCACCUGAGUAAUGAAUCUGUAUACAUAGCAGAAUUUCAGGCAAAGGACAAAUGUGACUCUAUUAAUAUAGUAGUUCUAAAUCUGUGAAGAUGGUUUUCUUUAUCUUAAAUUUGCACUUAUUUUGUUUACAAAGUUGAGCGGUUAAAUGCCUAAAAUUGGAAAUGAAAGUGUGGAUCAAAAUGUAGCUGACAUUUGACCUGUGCUUUUUAGCACCAAAUUCUUAGGAAUGAAUGACAAAACAUAAUUGAAAAAACCUUUAAACUGGCAACGUUCAGGACUUUCCUGUUGUCGUUGCAGGAAAUACAGUAUGUUCAAAUAAUUUGUGCCAUUUAAACAUCAUUUGUGAAUUUGGAUACUAUCAUUUAUUUCAAGAGACAUUGACAACAUUGAGAUUGAUUCAGAGGGACACAACAUAAUUAAUUUUAUCAAUGAGAACUAAUAGCAGUAAAACCAAAAGCUGGCAGAGAUUUGUAGCUGUGAGUACUUUUGUUUAAUAGACAAACAUUAAAUAAUUUCAUUUAAAAUUAGUGUGUGGCUCAAAGAAAGUAUGUAUUUGUUGGUAUACCCCCAGACUCUAACAGUGUGAUCCUAUGCAUAUCUACUCAGAAGUAAGCCCCAUUGAGUUCAACAAGGCUUACUCGCAGAUAAGUGUAUAGGAUUGCAGCCUAACUUGCAUUCAUAUUGGAAUUUGUUCCUCAGAGAUCCAGAUCACAUUCAGUUUGGCGGUUUACACAACAUGCUAUAGCUUAUUUAAGCCACAACAACCAUGACGUCCAGAGGCACCAUCCUGACUGUCUGUUGUUGUGCCGUGCAAACUUAGCGAAUGGGCUCAGGUGAAGGUUGCUUAACUCUCAUGUAACCCCACUGGCCAGAGUCACACCAUGUAGCGACACACCAUCAGGGCACAAUAUUCAGGAUGAUACCUGCAGAUUCUGCAGCCAUGGCAUGUUGUGCAAACCCAGUCGCCUUCUUGUCACGUCGAAUCUAGUAAGGGUUGCUUGGCCUCAAAAGUACACAAUAUAUAUUUACAACUAGUGGAUAUAUCUGCUGAGACAGAUAUAGGUAAGCAAGUGGCUGGAGUAUAUUUUAUUGCAAAGGAAUCAUUUUUAUUUAUUGUCGUAUGUACAAAAUUGAAAAAAGAAAUAAUGGUACCAUUUGUGACAGUUGAAAUAUAGCUUACUUUACAAAUGUAAUUUUGUACUUACUUGAAUUCUAGAAUGGUUUAUUUAGGUACUGUACCACUAUUUUGUAUAAUUUGCAACUUUUAUAUCUGUUUUCCCACCUUCCACCAGUGCUAGAGCCCGUUCAUUUUGACAGCUUGAUUGAACUCAACCUUCCUGUUUUUAGUCAUAAUUACACUGAAUGGAAACAACUGCUAGUCUGAAGUUACGUUACAGCAUUGGAAAACCUGUAAAACUGCAUACUCAGUUUUGCUGAUCUGAUUCCUAGGGCAUUCUUGCUUUUGUAUGACUCAGUUUUAACAUCAUGCCAUACCAUUAUUCAGGAAGCUUAUCUAUGGUUUAGCAAAUUGACCAAACACAUUUUGCAAUAUGUCAAAAAUCAUGGCUUGAAGUGCACUUGCAACUAAUUGUUUGUGCUCUCUAUAUAAGCUGAGAAGUCUGAAUUGACAAACCGUAGUUACGGCCUUUGCUCAACCUGCAGAAGCUGAUGCAUCAUGGCAGUGGGAAUAAACCUAUGAACCCUUGAGUACAUUGCCAAACCAUUGGUUAAUUAAACCAUAAUUUACUGCUGUGCUUACUGGAUGCAAUCUGCAGCUAUUUUGAUAAUCACCCCCUCCCUAAAAUCAAGGGUUUCUAUGUGAUAUCCAAACCUAGACACACCGACCCUGAGUGUUCAGAAAUAAUAAAUGAAAGCAGACAAGUAGCUCAAAGCCAUGGUUUACCCGUUAGACAUUUGGAAACUCAAACCACGUUUAUUUUAUGAGCUUUGGCUCUUGGGCGAAAUAGAAAUGUAACAUCAAACUUUUUUAAUGGCAAGCACAAACCAUGGUUUGGCAUGUUUUCUAAACUGAGCCUGUCUUUCACAGGUUAGGAUUAUUCAGUAACAGAAUAAAACCAUCACUUUUAAGAUAGUUGACAUCAGCACAUAUCGUACCACACUUAUGGCUCUAUAGGAACCAGUAUAUGCAGCACAUACCAUCUGUGAUGGCAGCUGCCAAGAAGCUCUUCGGUCUGCUGGUGGUCCAUGCCGCAGGGAGUGGCACUCCGUUACCUCUGCCGCGUGCGAUGUACUCGAUGCUUCCAGGGCUUGCACGCCAGUGCUGGCUGACUUGGACGACCUCAGAUGCAUGGCAGGGGUUGGAGCCAUAGCACGCGAUAAAGGGUUUAAGCAUCAUUCCCUGCCGCAUUGAUCUGCCUGGGGAAGGGACUGGGGCAGCUACCAUGGGUGGCUGGUAAUGUAUCAACUGGUCUGCAUUUUAGUCAGUACUCAGGUUGAUUUUUUAAAAUCUUCUGUUCCUUUCUCCCAGCCAUCUCCCUGAAAACAAAGACUGGAUAAUUUGAAGUAUAAAGAAGUUUCAAAGUCUUGAUCUAUAGCUUAGCAAGUUAGUCUGGCUGUGAUAUUUAAAAUACACACACACACACAAUUAGUUCCACUGUGUCAAUUAACUCUUAAUGCACUCAGUUCACAGAGAGGAUAUGCCCUGUUACCUCCUUACACAAUGUUUUUGCUUUUGUUUUGCAUUUUGUUUUUGUUUUGUUUAUUUUUAAGUGGGCCUCUACUUCAGGCUCAUGACUGCAGAGAAAAAAUACAAUAUGUGCCUGAAAAAGACAAAAGAAUUUUAUAACAGUUUUUAAAACCUGAAUAGCCUUUAAUUCUUUAAUAUCAGUACAUUUUAUGAACAAUUUUCUUUCUGUUUUUUUAUUUGCCACAUGCAUUUGUUCACAUUUGUAAAUGACUUAAUGGAAUUCUCACUUUGUUUAUUUGUUAAUGUGUAUAAACUGGGUUUGUGACUUAAGCAUAUUCAUAUAUGGUCAGUGGUUACUUUAAUAUUGUACUGCUGCUGGGUUUUUUGUUUUUGUUUUGUUUUCGUUUCGCUUUUUUGGGUAGGGAGGCAUUUGGAUGACAAAGUACCUCUUGUUUAGACAUAGAGGGAAAGCUCUUUCUUUUUUAAAAAUGAAACUUUUCAAAUCUUGUCUUAACAUUUUUGAGGUUUUCAAAAUGCGUUUCAAUCAGACCUUUUGGCAGUACAGUAUUCUUGUAUUUGUUGUCGUCUGUGUGUAGGUACUGGUACCUUUUUUGUUUUAAAAAAUGUUUUAAGUGUUGGCUUUAAAGUGAAUUUAUCUUUAGUAUGAUAGUAAUAUGAAAAUUAUAGGGUUUGUGUGCAGAGAAUUUUUUUUAUAAAAGUGCUUUGUAAAAAAAAAAAGUAUUCUAGCUUUCGCGGUACAUAUGUGUGAUAACUUUAAUAUCCAUGACAGUUAAGUGCAAUUAUUUCAUCACUCUAAAAAUGCUAUUUUUGUGUCGGUUACUGCAGGUGUUCCAUGUCUUUGCAAAGUGACACAUUUUGAUGCCUUCUUGAUAAAGUGGUAGAUUUUUUGUAGCUUUCUAGAAACUUUGUAUUCAUACAGUAUCGAUUGAAAAUAAAGAAAAUAAAAGUCAUGA